AUGACGGAAAAAGUCACGAGACGCACAUCUACCCACCAGAUCUUCCCGUCGCUAGCCCAACCAACGCUUGAUCUGCAGUACGAUGCUCUUGCUGCCCAGUUCACAGCGUCACUGUCGCUUUCUGAUCUCAAUAGACUAGUUCAGGAAAUCGACAUCAAAACAAACCAAAUCGAUACCGAUUUAGCGCGGUAUGUGAGCGUGACAUCUAAAAAACAUAACGGCGAAGUUUCUGCAGCGGAAUUGCACCGGGCUAAGCUUCUGCAUGCAAUCAACCAUUCCAAUCAAUUGACAAAGGUGUUCUCAUCUGCAAACGACUUGGGCCAUUCGCUUACAUCCAAGAUCAAGUCUUUGGACCAUGAGAUCGGGAAUGUCAAUGCCACCUGGGCGUACGUGGCCGAUGUACAGACUUUGAAGAGCAAUAUGAAACAGACACAGUAUGCCAUUGAACACCAGGACUGGGAGAAAGCGGCUCAGUGUAUCCAUUGUAUGAAACAUGAGCUUCGAUCGGAGCUUGUGAGUGGUAAAUUCGCGUCUGCAGUGGUCCCGCUGACAGACAUUCCUGAGUAUCCAGGUCCCAAGAUUGAGCAGUGGAUCGAGAUGCUUAAAACCAAAUUUCUGGAUCUAUUCAAUGAAGCGGCCAAGAAACGAUCGGUACUUGAGAUUACUAAAUACUUUCAGUUGUUCCCUCUCAUCGACCAGCCAGAAUUGGGACUCAACUGCUAUUCCAAGUUCAUCUGUUCUAUCAUCACCGAGUCGUCGAAAGCCUUGGCCCAGUCUGCCUCUGCCCUGGAAUCUAAGCUGGGCAUUUAUGGCGACAUCACUGCUAAAUUGUUUGAGAGCGUCUCAAUGAUGCUCGCUCAACAUUCACCUCUCAUAAAUCGUUACUAUGCUGAGUCAUACCCACUGGCAAUCGUCUAUGUGGUGAAUAAAAUCCAACGUGAAAUUGACGUGCAAAUUGGCACAAUCUCGGAUACUUUCUAUGAGAGUAGCCGCAUUGACAAGGUUCUACAGGACAUCAAACUCCAUAGAUUCACCGCAUUGAAGGCUUUGACCAGUCCUGGAGAAUCCGACCUUACAGAAGUGGUUGACAACGAUGUCGCUUCCAUCGUCGAAGUAGGCGAUUUGAUUCACGAAAUGUCAACCAUUAUGAACAACUGGGCACUUUACUGUAAAUUCAUCGCACAGAAUUAUUUUGUGUCAACAGAAAAUACCGACUUGGUAUUACCACCAUUGCUUGCAAAUGGAAACUUCCACAAAAAAAUUAAAAGCAAGUACCUCCCAGCAUUUGAGAGUCUCUACUUGUUCUACUUGAAACGGUCGCUAGAAAAAGCAUUGACAAUCGAAGAGUUGCCUCCUCUUUCACCUCUCUUGAUUGCAACAAAAGUUUCACAGUCGCCUGAUGAAGCACCAAUAUCUUCUAUUAUCGAAGAUAUCACAUUGGUGUUCCACUCCACUCUCAAAAACGUGCUCGAAUCAGGACAGGUCUCUAGCGUAAAAUCUUUCGUCACCGAGAGUUUCAAAGUUCUUAAAGACGAUCUUCUUCACGGUUAUAUUUCAAAAGCUUUGGAGGAAAACCUGCCACGCUCAAAUCAAAUCUUGACAUUGUCGUCUCCGCAGAAUCUUUCUGUUCACGAGUCGCCAAUAAUUUCGAGGACGGGGACACCAGCACCAGAGUCAGUUGGGGGCUUCUUUAAAGGUGCGUCAAGCGCACUCGGAAAUGUCGUCGGUUCUGGAACCGCGAUGGUCACCGCUGCCAAUCCAACAAAACCAGUCAACAGCACUAAACUUAUUAAUUUCGUUCUUUACCUCAAUACCAUUGCGGCUGGCUUAGAAUUUGUUGAACAGAUUGGUGCCAAUUUUACCGUUCGGAAUCCCUCCUAUUUAAGCAACCUCUUCCCGUUCGGUAUCGAUUCGGAUAAGGUUGCAAACAUAUUGAAGGCCGAACUCCUCGAUCCUUUUCAAAGUUGUGCCACGGACAUCAUUAAGCAGUCCCUUCUGAAGUUGUAUGAACAGUCAUUCAAGCUUAAAAUCAUAACAAUGAUCAGUGAUUGUUUCCCAGAAUCCAGCGAAGGCAAUUUCAUUGUAUAUUCCUCUUCUGCAUUGAAUGAUCCAUCAACAAUCAUCAAAUUCAAGUCUGCGUGGAGUGCGAUCUCAUCGCCUUAUAAGCAAACGCUUCAUAAGAGUCUUGUAUAUGAUCAAUUCCUCAGAAAAUUAGUCGAGAACAUCGCCAAGAUACUAGAAAAGAAGCUUUUAUUGUCGUUGAAGAAGUCUCGAAUCAACGAAUUGGGUGCACUUAAAUUGGAUAAAGAUCUCUCGUACAUGAUCAACGAGAUGUGCGAGGAUGACUACGAAUUGAAAGAAAAAUUUGUGAGAGUGACCCAGAUCGCUUUAUUGGUGGGAAUGGAUAGCGAGGAGUACGAGCUCAAUACCUACAGCGGUGAAGAUGGUGAUGGUAUCAACUGGGUUAUUACUCCAUUGGAGAGAAAACAGAUCCGCCGGUAUAGAAUUUAG